AUGGGCUGUGCCCGCAACUAUCACUCUGGGCGAGACAGAAAGACCGAACGAAUCUCCCGCCGCAUUGAUAAAUAUCAUCGUCACCCCGAAGCCAACUGCCGCCGUAAGACCGAGUCACGCGAGGAUUGGCCGGCGACUAACCACCGCAUCUCCGCCUGGGGAUUUGGCAGCUGGCGCCGCUCUCGCUCUAGCUUGUCAGAACUAUCAUCGGGAAGAGAAGAUGGUUUCAGUGAUGCAGAGCACGAGAAGAUGGCUCGUCGAAUGGCGUUUGUCAAGAAGCAGGUCCACGAUGAUCCCUACGGUGCACUCUUCGGACGCAGAUUGGGUGCUUCUUACAUGGAGCAGAACAACGCUCGCUGGCCGAGCUUCCUUUGGUCUUUUGUGGAUGCAAGGCCCGCGCCAACCAAAACCCCCUCCAAAGCACACCUUCAAGACUACAAUUUUAGUCGUUCUCAGUCAAGUUCACUCGGGAACCCGGAUGGACUGCAAUAUGAUCCUAUCAGCGGCCGCAUGGUGCCGAAGCCUCCGGCUGAAUCGAAUGUGCAGAGUAACAAAGCCUCUGUUGACUGUCCUCCUGGUAGCGAGGUCGAGGCGAAAUUCGCUUCAGAUCCGACUGAGCCCGAAGAAAACCAGUUUCGCAAGCCCUCAGCUAUGGUCCACUCACAGAAAAUUGAAUGCUCGCCGGGGAACGCGCCCGAUGCCCCCUUGAAGACUGACCCAGAUACUGUGACACAAGCCAAGGCUACUGGCGUGAAGAAUGAGGAGCCUGACGAAAAGCCCAAUGUGAACAUCUCUUGCGCGCCGGGAAGUGAGUGGGAAGCUCUCUUCGUUUCCGAAUCAGCCCGAACAGAAAAGCCCCAGGCUGAGACCCACGAGGUUAAGGACACUGCUGCCAAGCACUAUGGUUCGGAUGCCGGUAUAAAUACCCGUGGAAACGUCGAUUGCCCUCCUGGCAGUGAGCUCGAGGCCAAAUUUUCUACUCAACUUAGUCUGGGACAUCACUACGGAGCACCGGUUGAACCUUCAAACAUCGAGUGUGCGCCUGGAAGCGAGGUUGAGGCCAAGAUGAUCGCGGAUGCCGGCACCCACUUCACCCAAGAGGCCCAACCCUCUUCCGGCAACAUCGACUCUGCUGCCAGUAUUGACUGUGCCCCCGGUAGUGAGCUGGAGGUGUUGUUCACUGCCGACCGUGCUGCCGCGAAGACAGCUCAGCAGCCGCCCCAGCCCGCCGACUUCGGCAACAAGAAGGCUCAUGUCACCAUGGACUGUGCCCCUGGUAAUGAACUGGAAUCUUUGUUUGUGUCUGAGGCUGCCACCGCCGGUGUCUACGGCGAAACCGAGGACGUGAGCCCACUGCAAGCAAGCGACAUCCGUGCCCGCUACAUCACAGACGUCCAGCACGACGGCACCGAGGACCGAGUCGGCGACUUCCUCGCACAGAAGUCCAAGGCCGCAAACUCCAGUUCAGCGCCAUUCCGCAUUCUAGCCUACGACGCCGCCGCAUCAAAGGUAGCCACUUCUGAGGCAGACUCAUUCUUCGGAGCUAACGAGGUCGUUCCUCCACACGAAAUCUUCUCCCGCCUGCACAACCCAGCAAAGUUCGUCCCCUACUUCGAACAGAUGCAACAGGACGGCUACGACAUCGCGACCGGCGGUGGCGACAUCAUUGUCUUCAAAAAAAUCUCUCACGCCCCGUUGAACCCAAUCAUAUCGCCCGACGUCACCGCCAGGCAAGAAGCUCUGGAUGCCAACAUUGCUAAGCACAUCCGUCACGACUCCUACGAUACCGUCCAACCCUCCCACCCUUCCACCUUCAAGCCCUUUCCAGCAGAGUCAAGCUCGGAACCAUACGCGCACCAUUACUCGCGUGCAGAAGGAUCAUCGUCUUCGGGUUCGAACCCAAAGCCUUUCGCCCAUCAUUACUUUCGUGCGGAGGAUCAACCCAAAUCCAGUCCCGAUUCCUCCUUCCGCAAGACCUUUCGCAGAAUGGCCCUCACCGGCACCGUCGCCGGCGCAUGCUGCUACGCUGCCGGUGUGGUGACGGAGUUCUUCCGUACAGGCGGGAAGGAUGGAUAUGGAAUCGACGGGUUCACUGCUUUUGAAUCCGAGAGACGUCAUCGUUGA